UUGAGUUUGAGACCCCUGCAAUAAAGGUAUAAAAACCGUAUUUAUUUCAAUUAAUCCGCGAAAUAAAACCCACCGUUUUAUGGCUUACAUGGUUAAGAAACGUGAUAAUGUUACGAAUAUCUUCAAAAGUUUCCUCUUCGGUCAUAUUUCAUUUUCUCAUCAAUAUGCGAGAGUUUAGAGCGAUGCGCGCUCCCGCGACGGGGCACGCAAUUCUCGGCAUAACACACCUGUAUAACACCUGGCUCCUCUUCACCAGAACCCAAAUCUAUGGGAACCAGUCCGACUCCCCGGAGCCGCCGGGCGCCUGGUGCUGAAUAAACAUUUUGACCCAACAACGGCCGCUUCCGCUAAUAUAUCUAAUAUAUCUAAAUAUAUCUAAUAUAUCUAAAUAUAUCCAAUAUAUCUAAAUAUAUCCAAUAUAUCUAAACACAGUUGUGUUUUUCACCAGACGCUAUAAACUGUCUUGUUAUGACAACAGGAAGUCAAUAUUGAAAACACGGGUUUCCUCUUAGCUGAAAAAAAAGAAGCUGCUCCUGGUCCCGCCUUUUAACUGGACCCGUUUUCCAUUCGCGCCGAUAUAAACCCGUAGAGCAAAUAUCUCAGCUUUGCAUUCGGUCCGCUUCGCAGCUUUAUGUCGUCAUGGCGCGUCGCAGAGUCUCUCACGCCGACAGAGAACAUUUCAGGAGGUAUUUGGAAAGAAGUGGAGUUGUGGACAGUCUCACCACCGUUUUUGUGUCUCUGUAUGAGCAACAAGAGAAGCCUGCCAAGGCUCUGGAAUAUGUGGAGGAGCGUCUUGGUGCCGUGACCCUGACUUCACCACACACACAGGCUCUGCAGCAGGAGGCGAACGACCUGAGACAGAGGUGUGAAUGUCUGGAGGAGGAAAACAAAGACCUCAAAGCAAAGCUGCAGCAGUAUGAACCAGACGCUCCAGAAGAUGAUGAACCAGACGCUCCAGAAGAUGAUGAACCAGACGCUCCAGAAGAUGAUGAACCAGAAGCUCCAGAAGAUGAUGAACCAGACGCUCCAGAAGAUGGCGCCGCUGCUAACUAGAGUUCAACAACAAACUGGUCUUUGUUUCGAUAGACGUUUUGUUUGUUUAUGCUGCUGUCAGUUUGAAUUUAAAGAUCGGACGACACUGUAAAAGGUGAAAGUCGAAUGUUUUAUGUGGCUGCGACGUUUAUCUCUAAAUGUCAACUUUAUACUUUUCUUAUAUUCUAACUUAUUCUGUAUGUGUUUGUGUGUAUCUUUCCUGAGGGUUCAGUCUCGAAAUGCGACCACGUGUUCAUUGUGUAGGGAAGUAACAUCGUUUAAUCUGUUGGAUUUAUGCAGCCUGUGGUCUGAAACUGGCAUGAGGGGGGGGAAACAAACCUACAAUUAUUCUAGCUCUGCUGGCAAUUUGCAUUUCUUUACAAUACUCCUACAAUAUUUUAACCCUGAUCUUUUAUCACUGAUCAUGCAAAAUGCAUUCAGAAACAAUAAUACAUUAAACCACAGAAGUGAAGACGGCCAGGGUCCAAGUAGGUCUUGCGCUAUAAUAGGUUCAUUGUUUCCAGAAACAAAGUUUGUUGCUAUUGUGGACAGUUAUGUUCUGCUAUUUGCUCACCAACAUGCUCAGAAGUCUAGUUUAAGUUUUGAAGCCCUCACUGCACAGCUUUUAGUGGCCAAUACCAGAUUUCUCUGAGGCCUGAGCUCCUAAUUCAGAUUUCCACAGGGUUGUACAAAAACUGAUUCAUGUUGAGUUUUCCAUUGAAAAAAAAAGAUUGACAUUUAACCAUAAAAGAAAACAAGUACUGCAGACUUCUUAAUAGAGAUACAGCCGCAUCUCAACGCAUUAUUACAUCAUGAAAAGUCUGAUUUGGACUUGAAUUCAAAAAGUGAAGCUCCUCUAGAUAAGUGAUUAUUUUUCAAAGGCUUAUUUGCUACUUUUACUGAUAAUUUAAGAAAAAUAAAAAGCUUAAUUCCUUGAGCCAUUUAAAAAAAAUGAGUAGGUUUUAAAAAUCCUUGAUGUCUUUUAGAAAUUUGUGAACGCAACCCAUCCAGAAAAGUUCACAGCUCACUGAUGCACAUAGGUCAUGACCUUUUACUUUUAUAAGUUUAGAUACAUAUUGUGAAUAAACUAGAGCUAUGUUAUAAGAGGGAAAAACAUUUUUUUUUUUAUUCACUAGUCUUUACUGCUUUGAGUUUAAAGACAGACAGUCUGUAGCUUUGGUGGGUUUUUAUCAUACAUUAUAGCAAUCAUGUUCAGAUUGGUAAAUGUUAACAGAUGUUCAGUGUUUUUGUUGAAACAGCCAAACCAAAUUCAUAAACAAUAAAUGUUUUAAAUUGU